AUGCUUGAGGAUCCCGUCUCUCUGAAGGAAUUGAAAGAAACUAUUUUUGGUUUGGGAGGGGAGAAAGUGCUGGGCCCGAAUGACUUUCAGGCUUUCUCCUACCAGUUCUUUUGGGAUUUGCUUAGUGGCGAGCUAUUGGCGGUGGUUGAAGAGUCAAGGACUAGGGGUUUUAUUCUGAAAGAAUUCAAUUGUACUCUGGUGGUUCUUAUCCCAAAGAAAGAUAAACCAGUGGGCUUCGAGGAAUUAUGUCCAAUUUCACUGUGUAACACUAUUUAUAAAAUCAUUUCAAAUGUUGUUGCCAACAUGCUCAAACUGAUUUCUUGUGAACAGAGUGGUUUCACUCCGGGGAGGAAUAUUAUUGAUGGGAUUAUUGUGGCUCAUGAGGAAAUUCACAUGGCCAUGAAGAGCAGACAGAGAAGAAUGAUGUUAAAGCUUGACAUUCAGAAAGCCUAUGAUAGAGUUGACAGGUCUUUUCUUUUGGUUGUGCUUGCCAAGUUCGGCUUUAGUAAGUGUUGGAUUAAGUGGAUUUAUAGUAUGGUAAUGCAGUUCAAUGCUUCAAUUUUAGUUAAUGGUAGCCCUCAAGCCUCCAUCCAAGAAGCAGCGGUGAUGAAACAAGUGCUUGAUAGAUUUAGCUGGGCCACUGGACAGGAGAUAAAUUGGCAAAAAUCAAAGAUAUUUUUCUUUCACACAGAAGCUGGCUCUCAGAGGGCCAUAGCCAGACUCUUUGGUAUCAGAAUUGGACAGCUCCCUGGGAAAUUCCUUGGUACGCUACUCUUUGCUGGAGCAGGUAUGAUAGAGAUUUGGAAAGGGCUUCUUGAUGGUUGCAAAGCAAAAAUGGAGGGUUGGAAAAGUAAAUGGCUCACAUUGGAUCAGGACAAAAUUCCUUUAAUGGCUUGGGAUAGAGUGUAUAAACCCAAAGGGGGAGGAGGUGCGGGGCUCCGCUACUGGAAGUUAAAUAAUGAAGCUAUGGGGGUGAAUCUAGUGUGGCAGAUGUACAGUAAGCCGAAGCAGAGAUGGAAUUCUUGGGAUGGUUGCCCAUCUCUGGAUAUUAGGGCUCCCCAGCGAAUUAUCCAAAAGACCAUCCAACAUUGGGGAAACAAAGUGAGUGAUAUUUUGGUCCAAGACUCUCUUGAACUGGGACAACAAAUGACUUGGAAGGAUCCCUGUGAUCUAGACUUGGAGGAGGUUGAUCAAAGGUUGAUGAGGAAUAUCCUAGCUAGCAAAGAGGUGAUGAGUUCUAGGGAGGAAGGUGAAAUAUUAUGGUGUGGUGCGAAGAGUGGUAUUUAUUCUAUUAAGAUGGGGUAUGCCUUGUUGGAGGCAGAAGGCAAGAAGGUGGAUUGGGAAGCCAAGUUUUUUUGGAACAACACUUGUCUGCCAAAAGCAAGUGCUUUCUCUUGGCUGGCGGGCACCAACCGGGUUCUGACUGGAGAUAGACUCAAAAGAAUGGGGUUUGCGGGCCCCUUCCAUUGCAUGCUUUGUAAGAUGGAGGAGGAAGAUGUGGAUCAUAUUCUUCUGAAAUACUAUUUUUCCCAGGAAGCUUGGUGUUUUGGGUUGCAGAGGUUGAGUUGGAAGGGGUCGUUGGCAGGGAAAUUGUGUGAUUGGUUGGACUCGUGGCCAACUUUGCAUAAUUCUUCAACCUUUGCUGCAAUUUGGAAGGUAAUGCCUUCAACUAUAAUGUGGGAAGUCUGGAAAGAACAGAAUCGAAGACUUUUUGAGGAUAAAUCAGAACCAAUGGAAUGCUUUCUGAUCAAGUUGGAGAGGGUAAUUUCAGAAUUAGUCUCUAAUGCUACUUCCCAGGUUAAAAUGGCAAAGACCCCUUUCACUCAAUUUGAUGUUGGUAUCCUGGUGAGAUGGCCUUUGAUUAAAUUCAGGCCUACUAAUGGGAUUUUGAGGGCUAAUCCUCCUAAGAAGGGCAAGAAAAGUCAGGAGUGGGUUCCGCUAGAUAAGGACUAG